AUGUCGUCCUUGAAUAACAGUGCUGCACCACCUCUCCUACUUCCUGUUUAUCCUUCCAAAUGCAGCGACAAGCAGCAAGAGUUGGACACUGCCACCUGGGCGCUGUUGAUUAUGAUUGUGGAGCAGUGGCAGGCUUCAGAUCAGGCUAUUGGUGAGGUUGGUGGAGGAGUUGUCUGUCACUGCGCCCGAGCCCGGAGCCGAGUGUGGCCGGAGAUUGCCGAGCGGGGAGCCGCUCACUCAGCCAGCGAUACCGAGGAGCCGGAGCCGGAGCCGGAGCCGAGGCCUCAGGCCCAGGCCGCGGGAACAGUCACCUCCUCCGGCAGGAUGGCGGCAAACAUGUACCGGGUCGGAGAUGAGGUUGUAGAACAGCCCAGGCUCCAGACCGGCUGGGCUGGUAUCCAGAUGAAAAGGGUUCCUGUGUUAGUGGCAGACAGUGGCUUUUGCGUGCAAGAAAGUAAUGCAGUUGCACAUUAUGUUAGCAGUAGUAUGCUGCGAGGUACCUCCAUUCAAGAAGCUGCCCUCAUUCAGCAAUGGAUUAACUUUGCUGAAAGUGAACUCAUCCCUCCAACUGCAACUUGGCUUUUUCCAACUUCAGGUACCAGGAAAUUAAACAAGCAGGUUGUCGAGCAUGCUAAAACAGACAUAAAGAAGGCAUUGCUUUUGCUGAAUGAUCACCUCCAUAACCGGACGUAUCUGGUUGGUGAGCACAUCACGCUAGCUGAUAUCACAUUGGUGUGUGCAAUGCUGGGACUUUAUAAACAAGUUUUGGACCCUUCCCUGCGGGAGAACUACACUGAUGUAAACCGUUGGUUUUUUGCCUGUGUUAAUGAGCCUCCAUUCCGGAAAGUACUGGGAGAGGUGGUGUUCUGUGAGCCAGUUGCCCAGUGCUCAGCACCAAAGCCACUGGAAACCCAAGAUGUUGCCAAAAUUGAGACUAGUUCAAUUGCAAUUCCCACAAACAAAACAAAUGAAGUUGACACUGGACUUGAUAAAGAAAUUACUGCAGUGGAGGUUCCCCCUGCAGCCCCUCUGGCUGAGGUUAGAACAGUUGGUGCUGAAGCUCCUCCUUUGAAGCAGAGACCAACUCGUGCUGAAAGUUUGCUGGAUGUAUCAGAAGAACAAUUAUCUGUAGUUUGUGCCUCAAUGAAGGGUAGAAUCAAAGAAGAAACUUCCAUCGUUUCCUGUAAAGGGAAUAUUACCCCAAAAAAUGAAAGUGAGGCUAUGGUUACUAAAGAGAAGAAUUCAUCUGUUGUUCUGAUAGAUUUUUCUGAGGAGAUCACCCACAUAACCAGUAAUUCCAAAGAGCAGGCAGUAACUGAAGAGGUCACAGCUCGAGUCCAAGAGGGAGGAAUUUAUGAGGCGACAAAGUUAGUUGUACCCUUUAACCACCUUGAAUCUACAGUGGAUUGUUCUGCACAGAAAGCUACAGUAGGAGUUACGUUACCAGAAUUAUCCUCCUCCAGAGAAGAUGUUCAAGAGAUCUUUGUACAUAAGUCAAAAGAGGAGUCUGUCACUGAAAUCAGAUCAGCAGGAGCUCCUGAGGAGCAGAAACCAGUUGGAGUAAGCCAGCUUGAUGCUCCAAAAUGUGAAGGAGCUGAAGAGACCACUGUCAAAAUGGUGGCUGCUCCUGGAAAGGCCGUUCUUUUUGACUCCAAGAUAAGGGAUUGUUCUGAACCUGAUGCUUCAUUUAAACCAGAAGCCAGAUUAAUGGAUGUAGCCCAAGAUAGUCUGGCUAGGGAGGAGAGUGUGACUGAGGCUUGUGUGACAGGAUCAUUGGAAGAGGUCACUCUGGCUGCAUUGAGGACACCAGAUCCUUUUGAAAGGGAUGCAGCAGGUAAGGUAGCAGUUACUGGUACAACAAGUGCUUUUACGGAAGAUAUCCUCAAAACUGAUACUGUUCUCCAAGAAACUUCAAAAGAGAAAUUCAACACAGUUUAUCCAUCUCUGGAGUGUGGACCAGUUGUAACUAGUUUGGCUGGUGCAUCUAAAGAGAAUGGAACUGCUGACCGUGGUAAAAUGGAUACAUCUCCAAGAGGCAGACUGGCUACAGAGGAACGCAAGGGGCUUUCCCAAGUACGUGGUGAUGAUCAGGACUGCACCAAAUCAACUGACCUGUUAAAAAUCCAAGAUCCUUUUGCACACUUACCAAAAAGUGUCUUUGUUCUGGAUGAGUUCAAGUGGAAGUACUCGAAUGAGGAUAUCCGUUCUGUCGCACUCCCUUAUUUGUGGGACCACUUUGAUAAGGAUGGUUGGUCUGUGUGGUACAUGGAGUACAAGUACCCCAGUGAGCUCUGUCUGGAUUGCAGCAGUUUAAUAACUGGGCUAUUCCAGCAUUUGGAUAGUCUACGGGACUACAGCUUUGCUAGCGUGAUCCUCUUUGGCACCGGUGGUGACAGCUCCGUCUCUGGGAUUUGGAUUAUGCGGGGACAGCAACUUCUUCCUGAAUUAAAUGAAGACUGGCGUGUAACCUGUGAGUUGUAUUCCUGGAAGAAGUUGGAUAUAGACACUGAUGAAUGCAAGACCAUGAUUAAUGAGUACUUUAUGCUGGAAGGAGCAUUCCAACACGUGGGGAAACCCUUCAAUCAGGCAAUAAUCUUUAAGUAGCAGCACACACUAGUUGUUGCUCUGUGCCCUCUGAACUAGCUGGUUUCUUUCACUACUGAAUCUUACCUUUCUGAAUAUUACACUGGUGCUGUGUAAAUCUAGGGCUGAUAUGCAGCAAGUGUUUUGUCUUUUUUUAAUCUAUGGAUGGAAGAAAAAUUAAAGCAUUUGAAAACUGA